CAAAGCCAGACCUGAUCACUUUUUUGGAGCAAGAGAAGCAGUUCUGGGAUAUGAAGAGAAAGGAGACCAUAGGCUUCCAUCCAGGAUCCUGCGGGUAGCCGAGCCGUUUUCGGGUGAAGAGGCUCCGUCGGCGAUGUUAAAAGCAGUUCCUGUGACGCAGCUGUGAUUUCUCCGCAGAAACCUUGUGAGAAGGAAAUCUAGAGGACGACGCGGAAGCAGAAAUGGCUGGGGGCUCCGGACAGCUGACAUUCAGGGACGUGGCCAUAGAAUUCUCUGAGGAGGAGUGGGGACGCCUGACCCACACUCAGCGGCAACUCUACAGGGAUGUGAUGUUGGAGAAUUACGGACACCUCAUCUUCUUGGCCUUAUCUUCACAUGACAUCCAGAACUUCCUGGAAAAGCCAAGCAUAGAAGCUUCUUUCCAAAAAAUGACAAUGAGUAGAUACAAAAAUAGUGCUCUUGAAAAUGUAUACUUAAUGACAGACCGGGACAGUGAUAGGGAGUGGGAAGGGUAUCAAAGAUACCAUGAAGGACAGAGCCCAUCUGAGGCAACGGCAUCUAAUAAGACUCAAAAUGACCCAAAUAGUGAAGGAUAUAAAACAUUGUGGAAAACCUCCCUUUUUAAGUCAGCUGCUUCCACAAAGCAGUGUGUUUCUGUCAGCAAAAGCUCCAAUCAAGUAUUCCAACAUAGCUCUUUGUGGAAAGACAGUUUGGACAAUCUGGAAAGUUAUCUAGUCCGUGCCGAAAAUAAUGAUUUGAACCAUUUUCAAAACAGGAUUGGAUUGACCCCAUCAGAUACUUCUGAAAAUCAGAGAUUGAAUAAUGAAGAACAAAGUGCUAAGCGGGAUCCAUACGAGAGGGGCUCCACUGAGGAGUCGACCCAACAGAAUGACCAGAGCCCUUCCAAUGGAGACAGCAUUGCUCAGUGCUCUGAAUCUGAGAAAACACUUAACCAGGACUGCAGUGUUCAGAGACGGGUGAGGACUCAGUUUUCAGAGAACCAGUAUGAAUGUUAUAAAUGUGGGGAAGUCUUUCAUCAAAGGUCUAACCUUAUUACACAUGAGAGUAUCCAUUUGGGAGAAAAUCCUGAUGAAUCCAGUCAGUGUGAGAAUGGUCCUCAGCAGUCCUGCAAUAUUGGUGAUCAUGAGAGAAUUCAUGAGGCCAAAAACCCAUUCAGAUAUGCUAAACAUGGUCCGACAUUUAGUCAGUCAUCAAGACUAAGUAGAAAGAAGACGAUCCCUAGUGGAGAGAAAACACCCAUAUUUAAGGGAUGUGGUAAAGUCUUUGACUGGCACUCAACCCGAUCUCAGCAUCAGCAAAUGAAUACUGAAGUGAAAUCAUACAAAUGUGAAGAAUGUGGUAAAACCUUUAAGUACUGCUCAUCCCUAAGGAAACAUAGGCAAAUCCAUACUGGAAAGAAACUCUACAAAUGUAAAGAGUGUGGCAAAGUUUUUAAAAUUCGCUCAACACUUAUUCAACAUCACAGAAUUCAUACUGGAGAGAAGCCUUACAAAUGUAAGGAAUGUGGUAGGUCCUUUAAGCAGCAGUCAAAACUUACUCGACAUCACAGAAUUCAUACUGGAGAGAAGCCUUACAAAUGUCAAGAAUGUGGCAAGGCCUUUAAGGAGCGCUCAUGCCUUGAUCAACAUCACAGAAUUCAUACUGGAGAGAAACCUUACAAAUGUCAAGAAUGUGGUAGGUCCUUUAACCAGCAGGCACACCUUACUCGACAUCACAAAAUUCAUACUGGAGAGAAACCUUAUGAAUGUCAAGAAUGUGGCAAGGCCUUUAAUGAGAGCUCACGCCUUGAUCAACAUCACAGAAUUCAUACUGGAGAGAAACCUUACAAAUGUAAGGAAUGUGGUAGGUCCUUUAACCAACAGGCAUACCUUACUCGACAUCACAGAAUUCAUACUGGAGAGAAGCCUUACAAAUGUCAAGAAUGUGGCAAGGCCUUUAACGAGCGCUCAUACCUUGAUCUACAUCACAGAAUUCAUACUGGAGAAAAGCCUUACAUAUGUCAAGAAUGUGACAAGGCCUUUUCACAGAAGUCAUUGCUUAGUAAACAUCACCGAAUUCAUACUGGAGAGAAACCUUACAAAUGCAAGGAAUGUGGCAAGGCCUUUACACAGCGCUCAGUCCUUACUCGACAUAACAGAGUUCAUACUGGAGAGAAACCUUACAAAUGUCAAGAAUGUGACAAGGCCUUUAAGUGUCACUCAACCCUUAGUAAUCAUCUCAGAUUUCAUACUGGAGAGGAACCUUACAAAUGUCAAGAAUGUGGCAAGGCCUUUAACCAGCGUUCAGACCUUACUCGACAUAACAGAGUUCAUACUGGAGAGAGACCUUACAAAUGUCAAGUAUGUGGCAAGGCCUUUAAGUGUCACUCAAACCUUAGUAAUCAUCUCAGAAUUCAUACUGGAGAGAGACCUUACAAAUGUCAAGAAUGUGGCAAGGCCUUUCACCAGAGCUCAUCGCUUACUGUACACCACAGAAAUCAUACUGGAGUAAAACCUUACAAAUGUAAGGAAUGUGGCAUGGCCUUUUCAUUGCACUCAAACCUUCUUAAGCAUCACAGAACUCAUACUGGAGAGAAACCUUACAAAUGCGAAGAAUGUGGCAAGGCCUUUUACCGGCGCUCACAUCUUAGUAAACAUCAUAGAAGUCAUACUGGGAAGAAAAAACUCUACAAAUGUAAAGAAUGUGGCAAAGGUUUUAAGUUUCACACAGCAUUUACUCAACAUCACAGAAUUCAUACUGGAGAGAAACCUUACCAAUGUCCAGAAUGUGGCAAGGCCUUUAACAGGCACUCAAGCCUUACUCAACAUCACAGAAUUCAUACGGGAGAGAAACCUUACCAAUGUCCAGAAUGUGGCAAGGCCUUUAACCAGCACUCAGCCCUUACUCUACAUCACAGAAUUCAUACUGGAGAGAAACCUUACCAAUGUCCAGAAUGUGGCAAGGCCUUUAAGAGGCAAUCAAUCCUUACUCAACAUCACAGAAUUCAUACUGGAGAGAAACCUUACCAAUGUUCAGAAUGUGACAAGGCCUUUAACAGGCACUCAAACUUUAUUCAACAUCACAGAAUUCAUACUGGAGAGAAACCUUACCAAUGUCCAGAAUGUGGCAAGGCCUUUAACCAGCACUCAGCCCUUAUUCAACAUCACAGAAUUCAUACUAGAGAGAAACCUUAGAAUUGUAAAUAAUGUGGCAAGGCCUUUAGAUUGUUCUCAACACUUACUCAUCACAGAAUUUAUCACAGAAUUGCAUAUAAAUGUACAGAAAUUGGAAAGACUUUUCAACAGCACUCACACCUUAGUAACCAUAAUAGAAUUCAUACUGGAUAG